GUGUCUCUCUGCUAUAUAAUCCCAAUAAGCAGCAACCAUUAUCUCUCUAGCAACAGAAAGCAGUUUCAGACUUCUGGUCUUUGGGAAUCCCCUCCACCCCUCUGUGUCCAAGUGGUCGGUCAACACAGACUGCUUUCUGUCACUGAAUAUUUGCACUCAAGAAGGCUAUAUUUCAGUAAGUAUGAUUUUUCACUUUGCUCCUUAAAAACAAAUGUUGAAAAAGUCUCAUUAACUGAACAGGGAGGAGCCAGAUUCCAAAACUUCUAGCCCAAGGCUAUACACACUUACUCAGAAGUAAGACCCACUGUGUUCAUUGGAGGUUGCUUCCUUGUAAAGGCUGCAAUGCUGAUCCUGCCUGCCUGGGAGUAUUCCCCUUUGAAUUCAGCACUACUCACUUCUGUGUACAUGUGUCAUAGAAUUGCUGUGUGUUAGUUGCUUUUGCUGUUUGAUAGCCAAGGACAGCAGCUACAAAAAAGACUGGUUGUAAUUUUCAUGUUAUUAUUGCAAGUGCUUUUGUAGUAACUGAAUUACAAGAGGGGAAGGAAGAUAUAUGUUUCCAAUAUAUUGAUCACAGUAAUCAAUAGUCCCUGAGGAGUAGGAAUAAUCAGGAAAAAAACUUUAUUGUGCUUCUAAGUUCCAGAGAAAAGAAAAAUUGAUCAGUAAAAUCUAUAAUGCUGCUGUGUGAAAUGCAUUAUUUAUUGAUCAUGUAGAUCAGUGAUAGUUUUUUACUUUCUCCUGUGUGUCACUUUCUACAGGUGCUAUCUACAAUGUAAGAAAGUUUUACAUUCCAAAAGUUUUAAAUUCCUGACCUUUUUACUUGUCCACAAACUGUAUAUUGGAGCCAGUGUAAUAUUGUGGUUAAGAGUAUGAGCUGAAUAUUUUCUAUAAACUUCUGGCUGCUUUUAAAUAAUUCCCUCCUGUCAUGGUUGGUUGGGUGCCUAGAAUCCUACGCAUUUUAUUUAUUUAAGGUUUUAAUUAUUAACACUUAUAUGCUGUCUUUGGGCUAACCUUUAGGUUCUCUCAACCUCUUCUGUCUUCACAACAACUUUGUGAGGUAGUCUGCUGGUCUGAGGAAAAAGUGCCUUACCCAAGUUUACUCAGUGUGCAUCAUGACUGAAUGGGGGCUUGAACCCUGAUCUUCCCAGUCUUAGCCCUUUAUGCUAACCAUUAUACCAACUGUUCCCAAGCUCUCCCUGCCCAAGACCACUUAAUGAUUUUUCUUCCUGUUGUUUAGAAGUGGUAAUUGCUUAGGACCAGCCAUAGCUUUAUUCCCCUGAGGAAGGCAGAACCUCUGCCUGCCAUCACUAAUUCCAUCUUGCUCACCUUCCAGGCAGACUGCCAGGUUCUAAGAACGAAACAGCAGCCAUUGUGCCUGCCAUUCCUCUCACACACCCUUUUCUUCAUACACAUGUAGUUAUGCCACUUUGCAGACUCACAACACCACUGGUGGUCCAUGAACAACGCUUUGGGAACCCCUGACUUAAAUCAUACCGAUCUCAACGAACUCAAGAGUAGCAUAUAUAGUUCUUUUCUCCAGUCAUUUUAUUCCCACAGCAGCCUUGUGCGGUAGGUUAGGUGACUGUUCCGAUGUCACCCAAUGCAUUUCUUGACAGGGUGGGAGUGGGCAUUAGGAGCCAGGUUCUUUUGUCCCAAGUCAAGUGCACACAAAAAUUCUGUAGCGGCAGCCAUCUUAACUAACCACAGAAUGGGCCUGCCUCCAUGGGCGUAGCCAGGACUUCUGUUGGGGGCGGCAGAACCUCAGUAAGCUAUGUAUUUUUAUUGAAUUUGAUUGAUUUGGGUGGGGGAGCUGCCUCUCUCUGCCCCCCCAUGCCUGUCUGGAUGCAAUCCCAUUGUUACGAAGGUUGCUCGCCAUUCCCAAUCUCUGCCAAGUGGUAGCAAGAUUCCAGGCGCUCACCCAGGGUGCAAAUUGAGGCACAGCGGAGGCUAGUCUAUUUAAUACAUAUGGCUUACCGUGCACAUAUUUACACCUGGAAUCUUCAAUGAAGGAGGUGCAGAGCAUUAUACCCCAAAAGUAGUAGUAAUAAUAAUAAUAAUAAUAAUAAUAAUAAUAAUAUUUAUAGUCCGCCCAUCUGACUAGGUUUCCCCAGCCACUCUGAGCUGCUUACAGCAUAUCUAAAAACAUAAAACAUCAAGCGAUAAAAACCUUUUGAAACAGGGCUGCCUUCUAACAGCUGUGUGAUUCUUUAUCUCCUUGACAUCUGAAGGGGAGGUGUUCCACAGGGAGGGUGCCGCCACUGAAAAGGCCCUCUGCCCAGUUCCCUGUAACUGCUUCUUACAGUGAAGGAACCUGCAGACAACCCUCGGAGGAGGACCUCAGUGUCUGGGCUGAGCGGACACUGUCUCUCACUGUCCCUCUCACGGCUACAGCAAGCUUGGGUCCAAAGCAUAAGUCAGUCAUGGCUUUUGGGGCAGCCUCCUCCAGCCUGCACCAAGAUGGUUCUGCCUUUGUUCUCUUCUUUCCCAGAACGCCUCCAGAUUUCAAAAAGGACAAUUUUUCCUAUGACAUCAUGUGCCCCCCAUCACCUUGGCAACCUGCCAGUUCUCCCGUCUCUCUGUCCACUCCUCAGAGAGUGGGGGUGGGGGGAGGACUGUUCUUUUGCAUUGCUAAUGGACCUUAAUGGCUCAGUGCCAUUGUUCCUUCAUGGUUCUGCACUUAGCUAACGCAGAAAUUUCCUGCCUGGCACAGUUCUGCAGCUUGUAUUUCCCUUCACGCCCCCAAAUAUUAUCUAAAUAUUUAUUUAGCAUUUAUUAAUUUACACCAUUCACUAACAGACUCUGGAGCCCUAAAUCUAUGACACUAUAUAAACAGUGGGACUUCUGAAAACACAGGCUGAGGCCGUGUGGCUACAACUGAAGUCACUCUUACUCAUGAUGUUGAUCGGAACAAAACCGGGUGGUUCUAGUGCAAUUUAAUUGUUUUGCAGCAGAGUGUAUUUAAAUAACACAGUGUUCCAGUACUUUAACCUAAAAAAAGAUGUGUUCAACCGACUUCUGAGAGGCAGUCGCAUAGGAAGUUGCCUUAUAACGAGCGGCACAAUUUGUUCGUGCUGCUCAUUAUUGAAAGGCAGCAGCCCUCCAGUGUCUCAGACGGGAGCCUUUGCUAUCUGUAUUUGAAGGUUCUUUCAGUUAUUUAUUUAAUUUAUUUACUUUUUCUUGGGUUUAUAUACCCCCAAGUCACCCAAGGCAGUUUACAAUGUGAUUCAAACAGUGAUUUAAACAAAGACUGACAGAGUCCUCUCAUGCCAACGGGGAGCUUGAUGGUAUACAUGCUCCCUGGCUUGGCCUCCCUUGCCUCUGCCUUCCCUCAGGGGAAACAGGCCUUCAGCUGCUCCAGGGAAGGUGGGUAGGAGCUGCCCCAACAUUUCUCUCAGGCCAGCAGCGCUGGCUCUUGGGGAUGGAGGCACUUUGCCCCCCCCCCCAGGUUUUUAAGGAGGGGGCUGAGCCCCUCAAUAUCCAAUAGCAAAGUCACACACAGAAUGUCACGCUGUCAGCCUCCUCAGUCGCGGAUGCAAGCCGGCACUUAUGUCUCAGGUCAUAGGUGCUUCUGUGAGGAGCAAUUGAUAAGUGUGCUCCAUGACCUGGACUCCCUGGCUUGGUUCUUUGCCUUCUGCCUUUCCUCAGGGCACAUGUGUCUUUGAAAAAUAAAUAAAUUAUUUAUACUUUUGAAGUUUAUACAUUUCACUAAUUUUACAAUCAUUUUGACAUUUCAGAACUUGACUUCCUUCCCCCUCUUUCUGCGGUUCCUUAAUUUUUAAUAUCUUCUGCAUAUCCAAAUUAACUUAAUUUGCUCAUUUAUUCAUCUUCUUUAAAUAUAUACUCUUAUGAAACUGCAGGUUAUUACAAUAAUCCUGCCAAUGUUCUUGUCUGUUUACAAUUUAUCUGUAAUUCUUCAAUAAACCAUUUCUAUUCUUUCAUAAAAAGUUUAUUAUUUUGAUUUCUUAUUCUUCAGGUAAGUUUCAUCAUUUCUGCAUAUUCCAUAAGUUUUUGUAUCCAUUCUUCCUUUGCUGGGACUUUUGCUUCUUUCCAUUUUGGGGCAAGUAACAUUCUUGCCGCUGUAGUAGCAUACAUAAAUAAAUAAGUUUCUAUACAGUUUAGGUAGUUCUGUCCCUAUAAUUCCACAAAGAAAAGCUUCUGGUCCGUCCGUCCCCCCAUGGUUAUUUUAAACAUCAUUUUCAUUUCAUUAUAUAUCAUUUCCCAGUAAGCAUUAACCUUACUACAAGACUACCACAUAUGCUAAAAAGAACCUUCUUUCUCUUUACAUUUACAACACUUAUUUGAUUUAGAUAUAUAUAUUUUUGCCAAUUUACUCAGUGUUAGAUACUAUCAAUAUAUCAUUUUCAUUUAAUUUUCUCUUAGACCAUAACAUACUGCGAAUUCUAUAUCCAUAUUCCACACCCGUUCCCAUGCUUCCAUGUCUAUAUUAUGACCAAUAUCUAUUGCCCACUGUAUCACUGAAGAUUUUACUUGCUCAUCCUUUGUCUCCCAUUCCAAUAAUAUUUUAUGCGUUUUAGACAGCACUUUUACAUUACAUUCCAACAGGUCUCUCUCCAGUCAGGCAAGUGUGUCUUAGCCAUUCGUUGCUACCCUGUUGAAUAGUACGGGAGCAAAUGGGCAGAGCCUUUACAUUGUGUCUUCUCCGACAUUCAUGUUGAUGUCAUAUGAAGGUCUCCUCCUUACAAAGCUCUUCAGGCUGUGAUUCAGUGGUAGAGCACAUGCUUUGUAUGUAGGAGAGAACUGUGUGAUAUUAUGGGCUACAACACUCAGUGUAGCCCAACUCCUUGAUCUCAUGUUGUUCAACACACAAUCAAAGAGCACCUGACUGGGGCUACUGAUGCUGGCCUUUUCUUUUCUUUUUAUCUGCAAUAGCAGUAUAUUUUAACUAGUUAUUGGCCCCACCUCACAUGUGACAGGACAUACUUGUGUUCUUGCGCCUGUUGGAGCCGCAGGGCAGUUGGACGAAGUCAGAACUAACAUCCUUUUUCGUGACAGUACAGUAUGUUUCAAAGUUGUAAAGUCAAAGACUGUAGGGGGAGUGAAGUCAUAAUUGUUUGUAUUGUUUUCAGAUACCUCUGUGCGGCAUGGAAUUUGUACGCAGCAGAAAGUGGCUUCUCCAAAUGGGUUGUCUCUUGAUGGUGAAUUUAGUUUUUGGCAACCUGGAAUAUCAAAAAGAAGCCUUUGCCGGCCUGGGAGAGAUUGAUCAUCAUUGUUGGGAAAUCUCCUCUCGUAGGCUGGUGGAAGUGAAGAAACUCAGGGUAUCAAGCACAGUUACUGCUCUCUGGGAAUUCAUGAUGUUCCUGAAAGGGUCGUCUAAACCCAAGCAUAAUGACAUCUUCAACAGUUUAGCUCAGAACUUCUGGGAUAUGUAUGUAGACUGUGUUCUCUCAAGCUCUCACGGAAUGGGCAGGAGACAAUUAGUAUCCGCAGAGAAUACUUUUACAUAUGGACAGAAAGCAUCAGAAGGUAAUUUUGUUAUACUUACCUGUUAAUAAAACACUAGUUGCGUGAAGUGUUAUACCUGCCAUGCAACUGAUGGCGUAGGCUGUAGUCCAUGAAUUAUUGCACCAAAAUAAAUUUGUUACAUAUUUAAGGUGCCAGAGGAGUCUGUGCUGUUAAUACUGAAAGGCUGCUAUUUCUAGAUUAAGGCUAUAAUCCCAUAUCCCAGGUUUUCUAAGUGUAUGUCCUACUGAAUUCAGUGGGAAUGAAUUUUGAGUAUAGACACAUGUAGGAUUGUGCUCUAAGGCUGUGCACUCUUUCCUCGGAAUAUGCCCCAUUGAACACAGUAGGACUUACUUCUGAGUAAACAUGAACUGGAUUGCUCUCUCAUGAAAUCAUCAUUUAUAUGUUUUGCCUCCAUUUCUUUCAACUACUAAGCAUUUAAAUAUGUCAUUUAUUUUUUACAUUUAGAUACUACCUUUUCCUCCAAUGAGCUCAAGGUUCUCCGCUUCCUGUUUCAUCUUCACAACAACCCUGUGAGGUAGGUAAGGCUGAGAAAUGGUGACUGGCUCAUGGUCACCAAGUGGGUUUCAUGGCUAUGAACCCGAGGCUCCCAAGGUCAUAGUCAAACACUAUAACCAUUACACAACACUGGCUCUCUGUGUUACACCAGCCUACCUCCUCCAUGUCCUACUCUGCAAUUCUCCAAUUUUCAUAGAAAUAGAACCACAUAUUUCACAGAUGACAACCAGGAAAAAACAAGAAAGAAAAAAUGGCAACAAGGACUAUCUGUACUUCUAAUUGGCUCUUUCCUUCUCUGCAGGCUUCACAAACCUCAACUGUAGAGCGAAGAGGCAAAUCUACAGAAGACACCUCAUCCAGAUGAUUCCACACUGAAUGAAGCUUUCAAAAAGCACAUAUUUUACUGUAGAUAUUUCUGAGAACUUUUUUUUUUUUUGGCGAUCUUUUUCUUUGUUCUGAUUUGAUAAGCACAUUCCAAUCAUUGACAACAUGGUCUUUUCUCCAAUGCAAAUGCUGUAU